UGUAGGACGUUAUUUUCUUCUCAGCGACUUGGCUCUUUCAUCCUAAUAAGACAUUGCCAUCAUCAGUUCGCAAAAUGAAACAAAAUUCUAGUGUUCCAGCCUUCCUCACUAAGCUUUGGACUCUUGUGGAGGAUUCUGAUACAAAUGAAUUUAUUUGUUGGAGUCAGGAAGGCAACAGUUUCCUAGUUAUGGAUGAACAGCGAUUUUCCAAGGAGAUCCUUCCCAAGUUCUUCAAGCACAACAACAUGGCCAGCUUUGUCAGACAGUUAAAUAUGUAUGGAUUUCGCAAGGUAAUGCACGUAGACACAGGCAUUGUGAAGCUAGAGCGUGACGGACCAGUUGAAUUUCAGCAUCCUUACUUCAAACAUGGAAAGGAUGACUUGCUGGAAAAUAUUAAAAGAAAGAUUUCCAAUGCAAGACCAGAAGACACAAAGAUCAGACAGGAAGAUGUGUCCAAUAUUUUGGCCAGUGUCCAGAAUGUUCACGGAAAACAAGAAAGCAUUGAUUCCAGACUCAACACGCUGAAAAGAGACAAUGAAGGUCUAUGGACAGAAAUAUCAGAUUUAAGGCAGAAGCACUCCCAACAGCAGCAAAUUAUUAAGAAGUUGAUACAGUUCAUUGUCACAUUGGUACAAAAGAACCGGAUUAUGGGUUUAAAACGCAAACGGCCUAUUCUACUGAACAGCAAUGGAAAAAAGGCUAAAUACAUCCAUGAAAUUUACAAUGAACCUUCUCUGGAGCACAACAAAGUCUGUGUAGAGCCCUCUGUCAGUGGAUCGAAGAACUCUGAUCUUACUGAUGAUGUCGUCAUCUGUGAUGUAACUGAUGACAAUUCCGAGAUCACAGAUAGUCCCUCAAGAGCAUUGGAUCAGUCGGAUGUAGAAAUAGUGGAGGUCUUCGACAGCGGUAUUGUGUCACAGACAGACAGCCCUGACCAUACAGGAGAGAGCAACUCUUUGGUAAUCGAACCAGAAGAAAACACCAUAAGCACAUACGAUAGCCUUCCAACCAGCAGCGCCUUGCAGCUCAAUAAACCAUCAAGCUUGAGUCUGGAGGAUCCCAUGAAGAUGAUGGACUCGAUCCUGAAUGAGAGUGGAGCAAUUUCACAGAAUAUCAACCUCCUCGGAAAGGUUGAGCUGAUGGACUACUUGGACAGCAUUGACUGCAGUUUGGAAGACUUUCAAGCUAUGUUGUACGGGAAGCAGUUUAGCAUUGAUCCCGAUAUUUUGGAGGAGAGUAGUGGUUCCAAAGAGAAUGCAGGGCUGCUCUCCAAAGCGGCCAAGUCCAGUGUCUCUGCAGACAACCAGCUGGUCCAGUACACAUCCUGCCCCCUGCUGGCUUUCCUGGAUGGCUGCACCCCCUUGGCCCAAGAGUCAGACAGCAGCCCCGCUCCAGAGCUCGGGGACAGCCUGCUGCAGCACAGCUCUGAGGUCCCCACGGACCUCUUGGAGCCAGACGAAGAGCCUCCGCGUAGCUCCCUGAUCCGCCUGGAGCCCCUGACCGAGGCAGAGGUCAGCGAGGCCACUCUGUUCUACAUGUGUGAACUCAACCCAGAGGAGGCCACCACUGACUCGACAAAGCUGGAGGUUUAACCAGGUGAACCAACGAGCAGAAGAAGCAUAUGCCCAUUUGUAGAUACUUGUCAAAAUGAUCUAUUUAUUUCCCAGUAUGUUUUGGUACAUUUGUCCACAGGUCAGAAGUAAGACAUUCCAUCAUUUAGCUGAUAUUGUUUUGCUACUAUUUCCACUAACAGUUGUAGGUAACCCCUGUUAAAGCUGAUGCUGCGAUUAUGUUGUUGGUUUGUUUCAGCAUUUGAAAUGUUUCGGUAUGCAUUUGUUUUCUGUAUCUAUAGGCCAGAUGUUUAAAGGAUCACAUCAGUCUUUAAUGAACAAAAACAUAGAAGUGCCUGCAUCAUUUCCUUGUCUUAGUAGAACCACAAUGUUCAGAAUGAAGUACUGUAGUCGGGUGUUUCAUAAGACUUCAUGUUAUAACUCUGUGAUUUUGCCAAUCUUGUGAGAUCGUCGCUGUGGAACUUCAAUAACAUUAAAAGAACAGCAAAAGCAUAAUAUUGUCAUUGCUUUUUGCCAGACUGUGCAAACAGAGCCAGCCAAGAAAAGGGAAUGUCUCCCCAAUUGUUAAAUAGGUUAGAGACACAGAUUGACAGUCAGGAGACCGGGUUUUGGAUCUGUCAUGGGACAAAGUUUAGCGGAGAAUAAGCUGGCUACAAGCAUCAGUGGCUACAUACAGUAAACCAAGCCAGUCAAAUCAAUUGAACAGUCCACGGAGGCGGGAAAAACAAAUGCAGUCCUGUCUAAAGGCCUUUGCAAUGCAGAGCUAAAAACCAGUAGUAUGGAACUCUUUAGGUUUCAAUUAACAUGUUAACACUAAGGCUUUGAAUAAGCCUAUUGACCAGUCAGCACCGGUAAUCUGCACACGGCAGUAUUUAAACUUCUGCGUAGUGCAGAGCUGAAAUCCACAAAUAGGACCCUCUGAGAUUCCUGGAUUAUGAGUGUGUUGUUGGAUAAAUUGCAGGACCAUGUUUAUGUAGUCAUCCCCCAGACAAAGCUUGAAUCCAUUUCACGACACUUGGCUGGAAUGGGGAUCACCAAUAUGGCAUUGCAAUUUCAUUAAAAUGCUUGUCUGUUCAGUUAGAAAUUAAUUAAUUACCAAAGGCUUGUCUGCUGGUAUGCUUGGCCUCUACAUUGGAACUAUUCAAGCCCCCUCCCUGGCUUACUGC